GGUAACAAAUUUGUCAAGCAUAGGUGUAACAACAAAACACCCGCCAAACAUGGAGCUCCCUUAAUAUUCUAACUACACUCAAAAUCAUCUUCAUUCUUUUGGUAAACUUUUAACAAACACAUCAAACUGGGCUAAAUUUCUCUCCUUUUGAAUAUUUUCAGUAUUUUCUUUUUUGCUCAAAAUUUUCAAGAAUCUAAAAAAGGUGAGAAGCUACUAGGACUAGAAGAGUAACUUAUUUUCAUUCUUGAAUUUGAACCACGAGACUAAUAAAAUUGGAAGAUCAAUUUGGAAUUGAAUCUGUUUGAUUGAAACACAUGGAAAAGAGAAGAUAAAGAAUUGAGAAAUAGAAAUGUGGCCUCCACCAACAGCAAUGAGUCAUGGACCUCCAUUGAAUAAAUUGAUAGCUGUGGCCAUAGACAAAGAUAGAGGAAGCCAAAUUGCUUUGAAAUGGGCUAUUGAUAAUCUUCUUGCCAGGGGUCAGACUAUUAUUUUGAUCCAUGUCAAAGUUAAAGCAUCCGGCUCGCCUUUUUCUGGGAGCAGCAAAUCAAACCAGGAUGCUAGCAAUGAUGGAUCAGGAACGGAAUUGGAGCCGCAGUUGAAGGAACUCUUUCUUCCUUUCCGAGUAUUUUGUACACGUAAAGAUAUUCAAUGUCAUGAUGUUGUGCUAGAGGAUGCCGAUGUGGUCAAAGCAAUCAUUGAGUAUGUUAAUCGAACAGCAAUAGAGGUACUAAUUCUUGGUGCAGCAGCAAAAGGUGGCCUUCUCAGAUUUAAAGUCAAAGAUAUUCCUGCAAACGUGUUAAAAGGGAUUCCCGAUUUCUGCACUGUGUAUAUCAUCUCCAAAACUGGAAAGAUUUCAUCUACAAAAUCUGCUGCUCGCCUCGCACCAUUUAUCCACCCACUACGUCACCAGUUCAUGCAACAGGGUAACAUCAAAUCUAAUACAAUUGAGGAUUCGAACCCUCCUCCCAGAGGUUCACUUUCUGGGAUUCCGAAGCCUAUAUCUGACAUACCCAUGUCCAACCUUCACAGUGAUACACUCAACAUGAAGUCUCCUUUCACUCAUAGGAAAGGCCCAAAUGGCAAACCGUAUGAGAUCUCUCAGCCAGAUACUGACAUAUCAUUUGUCAGUUCUGGUAGGCCAAGUAUUGACAAUAUGUUUCCUUCAUUUGCUGACAACUAUGAUAGUGGAGCAACCCCACCCCGGCUAUCAGGUUUCUCUGAUUUUGAGGGGCAAAAUUUUGAAUCCAUACCCAUGGGACGCAGAUCCUUGGACAUCAUGCCAUCAGAGUUGUCAUAUCUGUCCAUGGAGGGUGAUAGAGCAUCAUUCUCCUCGACACCGGAUGAUGUAGCAGCAGAAAUGAGAAGGUUGAAGCUAGAGCUCAAGCAAACAAUGGAAAUGUAUAGUACAGCUUGCAAGGAAGCACUCACAGCACAACAAAAGGCGAUGGAACUCCAGCGCUGGAAAGCGGAAGAACAAAGAAGAAUAGAAGAGGCAAGAUUUUCAGAGGAAGCUGCAUUAGCACUUGCAGAGAAGGAAAAGGCAAAAUCUAGGGCAGCCCUUGAGCAUGCCGAAGCAGCUCAGAGGCUUGCUGAACUAGAAUCUCAGAAGAGAAUUAAUGCAGAAAUGAAAGCUCUGAGAGAAGCAGAAGAGAGGAAUAAGGUACUAAAUAAACUUUCAAAUUCAGAUUUCAGGUAUAGAAGGUAUUCGAUCGAGGAGAUUGAAACUGCAACCAACUUCUUUGAUCAAUCUAAUAAAAUUGGAGAAGGAGGUUAUGGACCAGUGUAUAAGUGUUACAUGGACCACACACAUGUUGCAGUUAAGGUCCUUCGCCCUGAUGCAGCUCAUGGAAGACAACAGUUUCAGCAAGAGGUUGAAGUAUUGAGCUGCAUACGACAUCCUAAUAUGGUGCUUCUUCUAGGAGCAUGUCCCGAGUAUGGGUGCUUAAUAUAUGAGUUUAUGUCCAAUGGAAGCUUAGAAGACCUUCUAUUCCAGAGAGGAAAUACUCCACCACUCUCUUGGCAGCAUAGAUUUAGAAUUGCUGCUGAAAUAGGUGCUGGACUGCUUUUCUUACACCAGAGCAAACCAGAACCAAUAGUGCACCGUGAUCUAAAACCUGCAAAUAUUCUAUUGGAUCGCAACUUAGUGAGUAAGAUUAGUGAUGUUGGUUUGGCUCGGCUUGUCCCUCCAUCAGUGGCAGAUACUGUCACUCAGUAUAGAAUGACAUCAACCGCUGGGACUUUCUGCUAUAUUGACCCUGAAUAUCAGCAAACAGGCAUGCUUGGUAUAAAAUCUGAUGUGUACUCUUUAGGUAUCAUAUUCUUGCAGAUACUAACAGCCAAGCCACCAAUGGGUUUGACUCACCAUGUUGAGAGGGCAAUUGAGAAAGGCACCUUCAACGACAUGCUCGAUAAAUCUGUUCCUGAUUGGCCCCUUGAUGAUGCUUUGAGCCUUGCUAAGUUAUCCCUGAAAUGUUCCGAGCUAAGAAGGAAAGAUAGACCGGAUCUCAGCAAGAUUAUUAUGCCAGAAUUAGAGAGAUUGAGAACACUUGGUGAAGAAAAUCCAUGCCAAUCAGGCUUCUAUAAUUCAGGCUACUCAACAAAUCAUAGCCAAGCUUCCAUCUCCCAAGCAAGUCAACACGAAUAGAUUAACAACAUUAGAUAUUCGACGACUGUUAGUAGCGGAAAACUUAAGCUACAUAAACAAGAUGUAAUAUGGCUUCGAGAGCUCGAGGAGCACAUCAUGAAGCCACAAUCUCCUCAUAGAGUAGCGCGGAGGUAUACGGAAAGCAGAGAAUAGUUCUAAAGUUCUCAGGGAAAGAACUAAAAAGAAGGAGAGAAAAAGUUAAACUGAUUUUAUAGUAAAACAAGGGAUUGUACAUUUCCAUCCUUAUAUAAUAUAGAAAAUAGCAUUUUUGGUCCUGAAUUUAUUACUUUAUUUUGAUUUUGUCUCGGGUAUCGUUCAACUUUACACAUUGGUUGUUAAUAAAUCCAACCGUGCAGUUUUGGUCC